UUUUUUUUUCCCUUUCUUUUCUUUUUUUACCAAACACAACAAUUGACGUUUACUAAAUUCUUUGGAUCUUUUUACUUAUUUACGUCAUGUCAGAUACCGAACUUACCAAUCACAAACGACCUAGUACUGACGCUGUCAUUACCAUACGUUGUAUAAAAUCCUUUGAAUAUCGUACCUGCAAAAGUCUCGUUCUUCAACAUGUGAACUUGGAAACAACUACUGUAGGUGAUUUGAAACAGAUCGUGCGCGAUAAGAUUAAGACAACCUCUGGCUGGAAACCUUAUUUGAAUGUUGUAUUUGAUACCUUGAAAUUAUAUACAGUGGCUCAUGGACACAAGACAAUGAACCUGAUAAUUAACAUGGAAGAUGAUGAUCGUUUAAUUUAUUCUGAUGAUUCUGCUGCUCUUGCCUGGUUAGGUGUUGAAAAUGAAACUGAACUAUCAUUUUUCAACCGUGAACAAUACGAAGAAUACAAGAAACACCCUGAUAUGAAAUGGUAGAAAUAGGACCAAAAUGGAAUUGUAUUGGCAUUACCUGCUGAUGAAUAACUAGUAUAAUAUUAGUAUUAAAAUUAGAAUAGGAUGUUUGUCUGUGAUGUAUAAUAAUAAAUGACUUACGCAUGUGGAACACGA